GUGGUCUUACGUCGUGUGUAUCACAUGACUAAAGACAUCACAGCACCAGGGAAGAGUCCGCUGUGGAAGUGCAUUGUCCGCAUGGUGGACAAGAAGGCCAACGGCGUUUAUCUUGAAUUUCGAAGUUACAAAGGCAAGGCUGACCUGGAAAAGCAAGCCAAGAUGCGCUGUGAGAAUAAGUUUGUGGUCGUGCAAGGUUUGCUACUCAGUCAGAACAACAAGUUCUUGGGCGGCUUCUGCGCCGACAUGAGCAACAGAGCUUCGAAGGUCAAAGUCCAUCCUAUGGCUGAGUCCCACCAGACCGCAAUGGACAUGGCGAAAGUAGUGCCGACAUCACAGUCCGAUCUGGCUACCCUCAAACAACAUUGCAGGGAUUACCAACGAGCGGAUCUCAUUGGCUUGGUGAUGUCCAAGAACAUUCCACAAACCAAGACAGUGUCCAAAGCCGAGGUUUGGAUGAAGGAUGAAUCGGAAAUGGAGCUGUUGGUGAGCCUGUGGGGUCCCAAAUACACCGCGGGGGUGCGGGACAACGUCGAGGUGGGUAUGGUACUGCAGCUGGAAAACUGCCUGCUAUCCAAGAAAGAAGAUGGCUCGGUGGAGGCCAGUUGCCAAGAUUGGCUGGAAAACGACAGACACAAGUUUGCCAGAAUGAUGGUGGAUCCGAAAAGUGACCGGGCAGAGGUAUUGAAGCUACUGUCCCCGAAUCGUGGCCAGCAGAUCUCGACGCCCUGGGCAGGAGUGGGCACCGAGUCCAUCGAAGUGGUGUUGCAGAAUGUCUGGGUGACGGAAGUGACCGGGUGGCCAGUCUAUACUCCUUGUAGCGAGUGUCACACCAAGAUCGAUCCAGAGAGUGGUGAGUGCAAGAAGAAGAGCACUGGGUGCGCGUCCACCCCUGCAUCGGAAGUCAAGGUCCUGGCGACUCUGAAUCUGAGCGACCCAACCGGUUGCGUGGAGAAGGUUUUGGCCGAUGAGGAAGCUCUGUGCGUCAUGACCAACAUCAAACUGGAGGAGAAGGCCAAGCUGGUGAAAAUGUUGGAAAGGCAUGGGAUGCAAUUUCUUUGUUUUCGUCAACCCGUGGAUGUCCGUUUAGGGACGGCCCCAUACAUGACAAAGAGUCGCAGGGAUAAGGGCGCGGCACUUGGAACGCAAGACACAGAAACGCAGACGGUCUUUGCUGCGGAGAGUCAGUUUCAAGUCUUAGCUGCCAAGCCGUGCUUUGCCGUGGGCUUCAAGGAUGAUGAGCGACCCUCGCUGCGGAAAAUUCUCAGUCACGGACAGCAGCAGCUGGUGAACUGUGUUUAUCCCAUCAAGUGCGUCUACCAAGAUGUGAGUUACUCCAGCUUGGGCAUCAUCGUCAACGAUGCCCCAAUUCAUCCGAGCUAUGUCAGCAUUGUGGCAAAGGCUUGGAGCGAACCGACACCCCAGCCGAUUGGACAGGGCGAAAACCAGCAUGUCUUGAUGGUGCAUGAGGAGGUCACCCCAUACCCCAAUGGUAGCAAGUUCCGAGUGGAAGCUGUCUGCAGCAUUGCAGAAUGUCACAUCUUCAACACGGGCAACCUGGAGCCUCGACUACUCGUCGGUCGCUUGACGCGGGACGGCAAGGAAGGACAGGUCACUCUGUUGGCAGAAAGGGCUUUUCCACGCACCAGUGAACAAGCCCAGGUUUUGGACCAAGAGCGCGAUGCCAUUGGGCACUGGUCAGAGGGCACCCAGAUCCACACGGUUUCGAAGAAGCGGCCAGCGGACGACUUGGUGACUCCAACACCGUUGAAGAGAAUGUCGGGCGCAUGGGCUGCUCCUUGA